AACAGCUGACCAGUCAGCAUAUUAACCAUUCACAAAAAAUACUAUUUUGAGCAGACAGCUGUCAAUGUUUUCUAAACAAAUUUAUUAAAAAUGAAUUUAAGUCGCGCCAUAUACCUUCAUUCGUUGGAAGACUCUGAUGAAGAAGUAGCAGUAAGGCCCCGGAAACCUAGAGUCUACCAAACCAGACCCAACUUUCUUGAGGAUAUGGAAGAUGAUGAGUUUGUGUCUAAAUUCCGAGUUUCAAAGUCUACUUGCUCCCUACUUUUGGAAAAAAUAGGAAAGAAGAUGGAGCACCUAACAUCUAGAAACUAUGCCCUGAGUCCCGAUGAAAAACUGCUAUUGGCACUACGAUUCUAUGCCUGUGGAAAUUUUUUAGUGGCCGUUGGUGAUGAGCACAAGAUGAGCACAUCCUCCGCGUGUCGAGCGGUAAAGGAAGUUUCUCUGAACAUAGCCGCACUGUCCAGAGAAUACAUAAAGUUUGGAGACCCCGAUGAAGUCGUAGAAGAUUUCCAAAGAAUAUCCAAAUUCCCCAAUGUGAUGGGUGCUGUCGGCUGCACACAUAUUCGGAUUAAAUCCCCAGGUCAAAACCAAGACGAAGAAUUUCGCAACCGAAAAGGCUACUUCUCACUCAAUGUCAGGCGGUUUCGAGUGCGCAGUUGAUUAUCCAAGAUGUGGUUGUAAGAUGGCCCGGAUCAACCCAUAAUACCACGAU